GGAGGCGGGGCGGCGGGGCCGGGGGCGGAGCGGCGGCUACGAGCCCGUCCCUGCUCGGCCUCCGCCGGCCGGCUGGCGCGGCCAUGGAGGUCUACAUCCCGUCCUUUCGCUACGAGGAGAGUGACCUGGAGCGGGGAUACACGGUGUUUAAGAUAGAAGUACUAAUGAAUGGAAGAAAACAUUUUGUUGAGAAAAGGUACAGCGAAUUUCAUGCCUUGCACAAAAAGCUUAAGAAAUGUAUUAAAACUCCAGAAAUCCCUUCUAAACAUGUGAGGAACUGGGUCCCAAAAGUGUUGGAACAACGACGACAAGGCUUGGAAACAUAUUUACAGGCUGUCAUUUUAGAAAAUGAAGAACUUCCCAAACUGUUUCUUGAUUUCUUAAACAUACGGCACUUGCCGUCCCUACCAAAGACAGAGAGUUGUGGAUCUUUUGAUGAGACAGAAUCGGAAGAGUCAAGCAAACUGUCCCACCAGCCGGUGCUGCUGUUCCUCAGGGAUCCAUACGUCUUGCCUGCAGCCAGCGAUUUUCCAAAUGUGGUUAUUGAAGGAGUUCUCCAUGGAAUAUUCUACCCUCACCUACAGCCCAGGUAGAAAGCCUGCAUGGCCAGAAGAAGCUGAAGCCACUUUCAGAGUUGUAGUCACAGAAAUCGAUAUCUACCAAAUUAACCUAAACUCUAGGACAUAACAGCUCUAGCUAGUGGUAAAAUCCAGUCCCAGCUUAAUUCAGGGCAGGGACAUUUCCAUUAGAAUGGUGCUUUUAAAAAUAGAAACUGAACGAGGGCUUGCUGAGGUUAAGGCCAAAGGUUUAAGAAGUAGAAUGUAGCUGCCAAUUUAGAAAUCCAAGAAAAGGAGGCUGUACAAGAUCCCCGGAGCACCCCGUGCUACAAAACAAAGUGACUCUCAGCUUCACCGGCCAUUUGCUAAUUGAAAAUCUCAUCCUGAAUCGUACUGAGACUGAUCAACUCCGGUAGCUUUUGUGACACUAAUCUUUUUGUUAUGAAGUUUUUUUUCUCAGCCAGUGAUAGAUACAUUCUGAAGGGCUGGGUCCAGGAGAGUAUCACAGAAACACACUGCUAACUAUGAUGGAGGAACUGCCAUGUUUUGCUGUGUAUAAUGCACACUUUUCUCCCCCAAAUUUUUGAGGGAAAAGUAAGGAUGUGCAUUAUAUAUGGGUAUAAUGACUAUGUAAUCCCAUGUAUAAUGUGCACAAAAUGUGGAUGCGCAUCAUACACGGCAAAAUAGGGUAAACUGAAAAUUAAAUGAUGCUGACAAUAGUAGGGCACUUUUUAAACCAUGGCAUUUUAAAUAUAAAUAACAGUGGAGUUGCGUCAUACCCAGAGCAUGGCUUCUAAUGCCGGUCCAUUGGAUAUAACGGGGUACCAAGAUUAUCCUUGAAAGCCCUUUAGAAAGGCACCAUGUUGGAAAUCUGUCCAUCUACCACGGCCAGUUUUUCCUCCAGUGUUGGAAGAAAUGACUGUUUCUUUUGUUGAAGAACAAUUGAAGUUGUUGUUUGUUUAGGGGCUAUUUUGUAUUUAAAAAAACACAUACCUUCAAACACUAGAAUUACACUUAUUCCUGAAAGACGCUUGCCCUCUACGAGACAGAAUGGGAACUGACAGAGCCUAAGGGAACAGCACAGGGACAGCACUCAACUCGGUUUUCCCAAGGGCGUCUAUUCAUUGAAUAGAUGGUAUUGUCAUGAGAUUUACUGUUAUGUUCCUUACGGUUUCCUUUUCGCUGACCUCGAAUCUUGAAUUAAUGUAAAUUGAAUGUGUUUAUGAGAUGACUCCGCUGUACAUCUUACAUUCAUUUUUGAGUAGUAAAGAAUAUAAGCAAAAAUGCAACCUGUAUGUAUGUGCUGUAUUUAGACAUUUCAUUGAAAACUAAAUUAAUAGCUAGGUUAUUUAUGAUUAUUCAUUUUAAUGAGCUUCUGUGUGGGAGAAGCAUAUUUAGAUUUAAAACUAAUUACUGAAUGAUGUUAUUUGAUUAGGAUAUAAAUAGACAAGUUUAAAGCCUGCUGCAAACUUUUAGAGAUGUAUUUAUGAUAGAUAUGUUACUACUUACUGGAAACAAACGAGAACUAAAAAAUCAAGUGUCAUCCACCAAAAAUAACUGAAUAGUCAAGGGUUGGAAAUAUUUUUUAAUGUUUUUGUUAUUAGCCAUUUUGAGUUCAAUAAAAACAAAGAACAAGAAAUAUUUGAA